AUGAAAGACCUCAUGUUCAUGACAGGUCAAAACUCACUGGACCAAUGGCAGAAGAAGUACAAUAGUAAGGAAAACCAGGAGGAUGAGGCAAAAAAGGAAAUCUCCGAUGCAGCCACCUUAGAAUCUGAAGAGCAUGCUAUUAAGAGGCCUUUAGAUGAAGAUGAACUAGAUAGUGAUACAGAAAUAAAACGAAAGAAACCCAAGAAGAAAAAGAAGCAAGCAAUACCGACCGAGGACACUGAAGGCACUGGAAAGAAGAACAAAAAAUCUAUUCGACAAAUGAAAAAGGAAAAGCAUGCACAACGCCAAGCUGAUGCUGCAUUGGCUGCAAAAGAUCAACUAAAAACACAAUGUUUAAGUUACUUAUCACAGUGGAAGCAUGAUAGACAAAAUUGGAAAUUCAUGAAAGCCAAGCAGGUUUGGCUUUACAAAAAUAAGUUUUCUAAACAACUUAUACCCGAGCAACAAUGGCCAUUGCUUUUAGAAUAUUUUGAGUCUGCCCAAGGAAAUAUAAGAAAAAUGCUACUGGAUGAUGCAAACAAGGUUAUUAAAGAAAUGGAUGAUUGGACAGAGUCUCAGAAUGAAAAUGAUGGUAAUGAUGAAAAUGAAAUAGAUGAGGACACAAAGUCAAGUAAACCGGAUAUAUCAAUUUAUAACAGAGCAAGAAGCUUAAUACAAUGUUUACAAGAGUAA